CAUAAAAAUAAAAUUAUCUUUGUUGAGCUUGGGCUGUGGUAUAGUGAGGGGAACCACACCAUGGUUUCCUCUUCUAUCUCAGCUCUCUCUCAUUCUUUCUCCCAUGUUUCAUGUACUAAUUUGGAUGUGUGUGAAAAACCCGGUAACCCUCUUAAAAAACUAGUCCAAAUUAAGAGUCGCGGUACAGUUUGUUCUAGUUCUAGUGAUCAAGGUUCUUCUUCUUUACAAUCUCGCCGAGGUGUUCUACAUAGCUCGGUUGCUUUGGCUGCUUCAGCAGCUGUUCUUUUCUGGUCCAGUCCAGCUAGAGCUGGAUUUCUAUCGGGAUCGACCGGGAUAGAAUCAAUUCCGGGUCCUGAAUUACCCAAACUGGAGUUCCUUGACCGCUUCAAUGAAGAAAACCAGAAAAAGUAUGCAGAAAAUGAUGCGCGAUUCAAAUCAUCUCCAUUACUCCAGGGGCUACUAGAAAAAUCCAAGCUCAACAAAGAGAAGAAUAGUAGGGAAACUCAAGACAAGUACUGCCUACGCGGAGCAGAAUGGGGAGUUGGAGAUUGCUCAGCGGAGGGAAUGAAGCCCGACGAGAGAGACAAGUUCAUUGCAAUGUUGAAGGAGAGGGCUGGUGUCAAAGAUUGACGACUACUUGAUGCUGUGAUGGAGGCUGCUUCAUUUCUUAAAAGAACACUUGUAAUAUGAAUUUAAGAUCAUUAGUACUUGAUCAACUUUGUGUAGCAUUUCACAAUUGCAAUAUCAUUCCUUUUUUUUUUUUU